AACUCGCGACUCGCAAUGAUCAAAUCGCUCGUUCUGUUCACUUUUCUAGCGACCUUGACUCUCCGUCGAGUUCACAGCGUUCCGAUAGCUGCCCUUGAGGAUCGUGACACCGGAUGGAUGGAGAUGUCCACCUUUUGGAUUAGGCUACCCAAUGUGGACUACCGAAAGAAGGUCGUUGUUAGCGAGGCAAGCAUCGGAGGUUCCAAGAUCGCCGGUGGUACAAUAGCGGAAAAGCAACAGUUUCCGUACCAAGCCGCGAUUUUGGUCAACUUUCUGGAUGGUUCUGGAGUUCUUUGUGGAGGAGCGAUUGUUUCGUCGACAUAUGUUCUGACAGCCGCCCACUGCAUGGAUGGAUCGAUCGACGCUACGGUCAUUGUGGGAACAAAUGUGAUCAGUAUUCCGAGUGACGAUCAAGCCGUGGAGAUCAAAGUGACUUUCCAUGAUAUCUUGGUGCAUCCGAAGUACGAUCCAGUGGAAGUGGUGAACGAUAUCGCCAUAGUGAGGUUGACUAAGGCGCUCGUGUUUUCCAAUAAAAUUCAACCGAUUCGGCUGCCCAACACAAAAGAAGCUCUGCUAGAUCUAGCAAACACCGAUGCCACCGUUUCCGGAUGGGGAGCUUUAAGUGGAGAUGAGUACGUCGAGAUCAAUGACAGCAUAAAGCUAGAGCUGCGGUACACGAAUAACCCUGUGAUAUCCAAUGACGUCUGCAGCAAGAUGUUCCAGGACAUGAUUCGGAAUGGCCACGUUUGUGUCUCCGGCGAUAAAGGUCGAAAUGCUUGUCAGGGAGAUUCCGGAGGACCUCUCAAGGCAAGCUUAAAUGGGAAACCUACUCUGAUUGGAAUAGUGUCGUAUGGUUCUGUGGAUGGUUGCGAGAAGGGAUCCCCUGCGGUAUACACUCGAGUUGGUUCUUAUCUCGAUUGGAUAACGCAGCACACCAAUGUUCCAUUGGAAAAUUAGCCCUUAGUUUUGUUCAUCAAAAACCGGUUGCACGGUGGCAUAAUCGGUUACGAUAGAGAUAUAGCAAUGUGCAAGCUACUCGUUCUACUGACGGCGCUGCUGGCCUUGGGCAGUCUCAGUGCAGCUGACAGUAAUCCAAGUGCAAGAAUAAUUAAGUUGCCCAUUGCAAAAGAACUACCCGAUAUUGAAUCCUUGAUCCAGGAACCCAAUCAGCGAAUUACCGGUGGUGAAGUGGUAUUACCGACAGAAAUCCCAUAUGCUGCCGGUCUCAUGGUACAAGGACCAGCCGGGUCCAGAUGGUGUGGUGGUGCUCUGGUUUCCCUAACUUUUGUCGUAUCAACGGCCAGUUGUCAUAUCCUUGAACCUGUUCCCAUUGUAGCAUACCUGGGAUCUGCGAAUAUGAGUGAUCUAGGCGACACUGUUUCAGUUGCUGAGAUGCGUAUUCAUAUCGACUACGAUGCUGAAGCAUGGCAGAAUGAUAUUGUUCUACUUCGCCUGCAACGAGCAACCUUCCCUAGUGCAACCAUUCAACCAGCUCGCCUACCCAACAUGCGUCAACUGAUGUCCCCUUUCACCGGCCAGUUGGCAACCGCGUCCGGAUGGGGUGCCUUGUACCACAACGCUCCAGAAGUGCUCCCGCUGCACCAACUGCGUCGGGUACGAUUGCCGGUCAUCAACAAUGUCAACUGCGCUAUCCGUUUCCCGGGAUGGAUUACCGAAAACCAAAUCUGUGUGGCAACCGAAGAGGGAUCGCCGUGCCACGGUGACCAGGGUGGCCCUCUGACGGUGGCCGAUCCCGAUGGCAGGACCACGCUGAUAGGACUGUUCGCCUACAAUUCUGUGCUGGGAUGCAACUCCGGAUGGCCAGCAGUUUUUACCCGAAUUACACCGUAUUUGUUCUGGAUUCAGGAGAACUCGGACGUUAUCAUUUCGCCUGAUUUCGAGUACUGAAGCGCAUUUGUUUUGUAAAAUGAGGCAAUUGGCUUGCAGAUUAACUUUGUCGUUAGAGAUUACCAUCUGUAAAUAAAUUGAAAAAAUAUAUCUCUUGAUAAUAAAAACAUGCAUUAAUGUAAUUG